AUGUCUGAUUCAAAUAAUUUAUUUGAAAUUCUGGCUUCAUGUAUUGGGCCAGCGCCAUUGCCAUAUGUGUGCCGGAUGUAUAUGGAUCUUUCGAUCAUUCCAUCAUCGAUUUUGUCAUCUGAUUUACGUACACGAACUAUUCAAAAAGCAGUAAAUGAACGUUUUAAAAGUCAGUUUACUAUUGGCCAAAUUCGGAUAUUAACAAAUUUGAUUGCUAUGAAUAUACAUUUUGUUCGUAAUAUUUUUCUGAUGGACGAUUUAUCUUAUAUUAACCUUUCAGUAAAAAUAUACCAUAGCACCAUUGAUAUCUUACAUGAUUUAUUGCUUUUGCCAUUUACCAACACAUGUAUCUAUUGUCAACAAAUAUUAACAUUUUAUGAUACUAAAAUGAUUCAUGUUAUUGAUUAUUCUAAAAAUAUGGAAGCCAUGACGGUGAUGAUGGAAUGUAAAUCAUGUAAUCUUAUAUAUGGCCACUCAUCAUUCGUUUCAGUGAAAAAUCGUCGUCGAUAUAUUAAUCAGCAUUCAAUUAAUAGUCCUAAGAAAAUUUUUUACUUAUGCGAUUCAUUGGGAUUUACUACAUCAGUUUUAUAUGAUUAUACAUGUCAAUUGAUGAAUCAUCAAUCCCCGUUCAAUGCAUUUAUUCAUACAGUAUUAGAUCGUAUCAGCUAUGAACAAUCUGAUGUUAGUCAUUGCUUAGAACAUAUCUAUUUGACAAAAGUUUUUCAAUCAUACUGGUUUUUAUACAAUAUUGUUUGGUUUGAGUUUAUGCUUGGUAAAGGUACAAUGGUUUCUAUACCUGAUUCAUUGAAUCGUUCAGAACUUGAACAGUAUAUUGAAAAUUCGUCCGGAUGGUGGUAUCAUCUAUUUUCUAUCUUCUGGUCACGCCAUAAGGUACUUCCAAAUAUUAAAUGUAAUACCAUCAACUGUAGUAAAUGCAUUAUUGUUGAUGGACAUCAAAAGUCAAAAAGAUUGGUUUGUGAAUAUAAAAAUGUGGUGGAUACAACAAUCGAUGAGAUGACAUCAAUUGAAAUCGGAUGUCCAUAUACGCCCUGUCGAAAAACAAAAGCCAAUGAUUCGAUACUCACAAAUUUCUGUCGUUAUCAUCAACCAUCUAAUAAUCUAUUCCCCUCUUCUGAAAUGCAAAAGGCAUGUCAAUUGGCUGUUGAAUAUGCGCAACGGGAUCAACAAUCCUUGGAAGAUCAUAAAACUCAAUGCUCAAAUUAUCGUGAUGACAGCGAACAAAUUCGAAAGUCGAGAACAUUUGGAUUUUUAGCUUCUUAUCAUCCAUGCGGUGUAUCAAUUGGUUUCGUAGAAGCUAUUAAAGCUGAAGGCAUGCGAUCUAUUACAAGACAUUUAUUGCGUUCCAUCAUACAUGGUUGUCAAAUGCCCGAUGCGCUUCUAUACGAUUGCGCAUGUACGCUUAAAUUACAUUGGCAAAAGUGGAUAGGUACUGACAUGUUAAAGUUAACUAAUAUAACACGACAACUUCCAAGAUAUAUUGCUCUUGACAACUUCCAUCAACGUACACAUACUAGAUCGAUAUGUCAAACCGUUAUGAAGAUGGACCAUCCGUCUCACGAAGGACGGUUUUUGGGAGUAAAUAGUCAAGCAGCCGAAAUUGGCUUUCAAUUUAUUGCUAAAGCAAAAUAUUCGUUAAGAAACUUUUCGUUUCCAUAUUCAACAGUAAUGUUAAUGCUCAUGCUGCAUUUGAAAAAUUGUAGAAUCGUUGGUAUCAAUGAAUACCAAAUUGGCUUAUCAUCAUUAUAUUUUUCAAAUGAAAUUAAAGAUUAUUUUCUAACACGCAGAGUAUGUGAAACAUUUGGAACAUUCGAUAAAGACGAUGAAAAUACUGAAGAAUUCGAUGUAAUAGAAGAUUAUAAUGAACUAACAACAGAAGAAUAA